UACAAGUAAGUGACAGCCGAUAAUUCAUCUCUUACAGUGUACCUGUAAUCACCUGAAAUAAUCUGACUUGAUUUGUUUUCUUACAUGUAAAAGAGUAAUGAGGUCGGGGGAAGCUACCAUAUGGAGAAAGAGGGCCUGAAGAGGAGCCUGGCUCUGUUGGAGGAACGGGGUGUUACUAUGGAGAGUAUUGUGACUGACCGUCACCCCCAAAUCCAGAAGUUCCUGAGGGAGUCCAAUAUCACACAUUACUACGAUGUGUGGCACAUGGAAAAAGGGCUGUCCAGGAAGCUGUUGAAGAUCUCACAGAACAAGGGCUGUGAGAAACUGACAAAAUGGCUUCGCAGUAUAAAGAACCAUAUGUACUGGACGGCUGCAUCUUCCACAUCGGUGCAUGAGAGAACUGCGAAGUGGACGUCCAUUUUGAACCAUGUCCUGGACGUCCACACCCACGACGACCCCGCUUUCCCCCAGUGUCUGCAUCCAAUCCGCCCCUCCACAGACAGGAGCAAGUGGUUGACAGCAGGAACACCAGCCUUCUGCAGACUGGAGAAGGCACUGACCAACAAGAGGGUCAUGAAGGAUGUGGGGAAGCUGAGCCCUCAUUACCAAACAUCGUCACUGGAGGCUUUUCAUAGCCUCAUUCUACGCUUUGCACCAAAGAAUGUUGUCUUUCCUUUUCUUGGCAUGCUGUGCAGACUAUACCUGGCAGUCAUGCACUUCAACGAAAACACAGCCCGUCCACAGGCAACAAACUGUGAUGGAGAGCCACUGUUCAGGCUCCAAUUUCCAAAGUGGAAGAAAGGGGAAUGCACAGCAAAGCCAGUGAAAGAGCAGGCAACGUUCAAGUACGUGGACGAAACCAUGGACCUGGUCUUUGAGAAAGUUUUUCCGGAGCCUGGUCCAUACACAGAGGCGGUUCUGAGAAUGUCCAUCCCUGAAGAUCUCUCUGCACAGUUCGAAAAGCCGGACCAGAAGGAGGUGAUCGAGCGCUAUGUGACGAGGUUCAGUCAAGGGCCGGUCUGAACCCCACAUAGAUGCCUUCAGCAUCAGGGUACUCGAUCCGUAUCCGUCGGACGACACAGCUGGGCAGUGGCACCCGAAGUCUCCGUCCCAGAAAACCCCAACACCAGCUCACAAAGCUCCUGUAUGCCAAGUAUCUGUAACGGCUGAACAUAAUGUGUGUAUAUAACAAUAUUUAAUAAAUUUUGCUGUGUACAAAUGUGA